GGCAAUCCUCCAAAGCCUUCAGCGACGAUCCGAGCUCAGGUUCCGUCAGCGAAUAGUAUUAAUUUUUCCGCUGCAAGUCUGGCUGGCCAACUUCAUCAAUCGACUAAAUCAGCUACACAAAGCCAAAACGCCUACCAACAACCAAGCUGGAGCUUUCAUAGUUCCGGGCAUCGAAUCCUACAAAAUUCUUCAACGAUAACGGGGAUCGAGGCGGGACAAGCGGAGGCAGAGGACCUUAGGAUCCAUCGGCGACAGUCUCCAUCGACUGAAACUUCAAGCAUUCCGCUACUGCCGCAGUUGCCAUUUCCUAAUCCUUCUCUUUAUACCUCCCAGAUUAAUAAUGGCAAUAGGAAAUCAACUGGACCUGUAAACUCAGUGUCAUCUUUCCUGGUUGGCUCACCUGGAUUCGGAGGCGUAAAUAGUGGGGAUAUCGGUAAUCUUAGCUUGGCCACUCGUAAGUCCAUCUCCGAUGUGUUCUCUCGGCUAGUUGCCUGUAAUUCAGUUCGAAUUUUGCCCACAAGCCUUAUGUCUGGACUGUCCUCAAACACACCGAAUAAUGGUAACAGCCAUGAGCGGAAUCAAAAUCAGAAUAACACUUCCAACCCUAAUUCUAACCAAAUUCUCGACCACCUUAACGGACCCAGCUCAAAUCGUAACCAAGACCAAAGUUACAACCUAAGCCGCAGCCACAAUGAGAGACGGUUUGCUCUACAGGACAAUCUACUCCUUCGAAUCCGACGAUUGCAACAACUGCCUCGUCUUCGAUCCUCACAACGUUACUUGCUCCUUUGCUACGAGAGAAGACGGAUUUGGCCUGGCAACACAUAA